AUUCACCAUCGCCCAACCGUACGAACUGCGCCGCGCAAAAUAUCAUAUUGAUACAGGAACACCACUUAUCGCUACAGCCUGACGAACGUCACGCCUGGCCCGCCCGCCUCAUGUCUCACCACGUCGCCUCCCAUCCCUUAUAACGCCUGCUGCCUCCCCGCACAUCGCCGCCAUGUUCAAGGCUCAAGUGCUGCGGCGGAGCUUCUCCGUCUUCAACCGAGUGCCGACCUCAAGAAUAGUACAGUCCGCCGCACGCGACGGUCACGAAAGCAUAACGAUACACCGAGUUCGAAUACAGAAGCCCUUCCUCAGCAAGCAGCGACUCGUUGGCGCAGUGGCUAUUGCUACAGCCACGUACGGGCUUGGACAGUACCUCGGCCUCGAAGUAGAGAUUGAAGAGCGAGAAGUGGAAGAUAAGAAGCCAGGGCGUUGGAAAAAACAGGUGCGCAAGGAAGACGGCACCCUGGAGGAGGUAGACGAUGAAGAGGCAAAUGAGAUCGGAGAGGCCGAAGAGGAAGACGAGGAGGACGAGGACGAAGAAGAGUACGACGAGGCUGUCUUGUUCUUUCCCACAGGACUUUCAAGGAGGAAACCAACAACACUCUACAAAGGCUCAGACCCAGAAUGGCAAGAGUUUAAAAAAGUCAGCCAAGACAAAGCGAGGGUCGAGAGGAUACGGCAAAAUUUAGUGGAUUUGGUCCGGACGGCAUUCAGUGCACCAGCAUACGCUGCUAAGAUCGGAGAGGUCGAUCACAAGAAGGGACGGGUAUGGAUUGAGUUCAAGUUCCCACCUGGACCACCUCCCGAGUACGAGCGUCCGGGCUACGAGCUGACCGAAGACCUGGAGUGGCGGAAAACCACCCGAGAUGUCGAGCCAGUCCAUCAUCACCGACUCCACAAGCUGCUUCGGCCCAGCGCAGCUGCUGGUGCGUUGUACGAAGACACAAAGAGAAAAGCAGAGCGGACGUGGAACGACAUUGCUGUGUAUAUAGGAUGGGCAGAAAAGACCGAGCAUCUUACACAAAUGACGCAGCAGGUCGCGACCCCGUCGCCGUCAACGGGUUCUGCGGCAUCCUCUGCCACCGCCGCCACUGCCUCUCCGUUUGGCCCUUCGUUGCCUGCAGCUACACAGCAGCCAACGUCACCCUCAUCUUCUUCUGCAGCUGGCUCUGAAAAGGAAGUGAGCUUUGCUCUCCCAGAUCCCAAGGCGCUUACACUUGAUCUUGGGCAAUUCCGACAGGACUUUCAAAAGGCGAACCGGAUCGUCGUCCAGAAUGUACCACGUGGUGCGUUCGGAGUACAUGCGCUGGUCGAAGUGCAUGGGAGCAAAGCACGUUUGACAUUGAAUGUAGUUGGUGUAUACGAUCCGAAGAUCAGCCAGUAUGUCGGGUUCUCGAUUCACGUCUGGAACAUGACGCCUCACCGACAGUGGCCCGGCGGAGGCUCUUAGUGGCGGAAAUGGAUUGGAAGUGCAUCAAUGGCGUAUAUGGUUUUAAGCGUACAUGUUUAGUCAAGUGAUAUCAUGCGGCAAGCACGUCCGGCGUUUUGGCAUUCAUGGCGGCUGAAUCUCUUCUCUGUCACGUACUCGCGGCCACCUUUUCCGGGCCUUUAGACAGUUCACCCGUCUCUUCUCUAUCAAAUGUCAAGAGUAAACAUACUUACUAUCCUGUGCCAUAUUGUUUACCCACCCUUCCAACAGUGCCAGAUCCACGUAACACUAUGCACUUACUCCUCC